AAGUGACUGGACACCUGUACGGCCGCUCCAGGUUGAAUUCUAUGACGACAAGAGGAGCGGUAUGCCUGCUCCUGACGAUCCUGACGUUAGGAGGCACGCAGGGUAGCACGAGGUAUUUCGUGAAAAUGCGAACGAACGCGUCCGAGAUGUUUAGAACGAAAGCGGACAACUUGAGGAUUCUUCAGGAUCCGAUAGCGAUCACGCCGAAUCCUCUGUACGACAACGCGGGAAACGAGCACGACGACGGGCGGAUGACCAAGGAGAUAUCGAGCGAUCAGUACAAUCGAAGAAACUCCUUUGUCGAGUCGUCGACCUUCAAUCCGGACGUGCUCAACAAGUUCCUCGAGGAAUACGCGAGCAAAGUUAAAAGCACCACCGAGAGGAAUUUCAAGUAUCCCUUCAGAAUCGUGAAACCGCCCGCGGAGCCUCUUGUUCUCGAGAUCGACAGCGAGACCACCGAGACCACGACACUCCACGAACAGGACGAGAAAUUUGAUCAGAUCUCAAAUGCCACUUCACCGGAGGAUGCGCUGAGCGAGGCGCUAAACGACACCUUGAAGAGAAAUAAAUACUACGGCACGAACACUUACGAGGACAGAAACGGCUGGGUGACGUUGGAAGCAAUUCCGUGGUCUAAGAGCAAAAUUUCCAAGUGGCAGGCCAAUCCCAGCACGCAACGACCUUGGCCGGAGAUAAAGCCAUGGGAUAAACCGAGCAUGAAACCAUGGGCCAGCGAUUUUACCAUCAGACCCACUUAUGAAAACAACAAACCGUGGUACGACAAACCGAAACCCAAUUGGCCCGACAACAACGAGAAGCCGUGGCAGAAACCAAUUUCGCGUCCCCCUUACCGCCCUGAGGACGCGUCUAAUCAGGCGCAGAAGUGGCCGCCGGAGAGACCGUCCUGGAACAAGUACGACCCUCACCGUCCCCCCAGCAGCGAUAUCAUCACGGACGACAGGCCGGCGAAUUUCCCCAGCACUUGGUCCAGACCGCAGACCUCCUCGUAUCAGUUUAUCGAUAGAUAUUCGGAGAAGGACCAGUCGGGUGACGGGAGUAAUUGGCACGAUUACCCGUCCAGAUACGAUCAAGAUCGACCCCGGCCCACCAUGAUCACCGAGAGGCCGAAUUUCUCGCAUUAUCAAUACGUGGACAAUCAUCCACCGAGUCACCCGGCGAGCGGUGACGGCCAAUGGGUCCUCUUGUCGACGAACCGGGGAUAUUCCAAGUCGCGGCAGAGAUCAAUCAAGGUCGACGCGAUCAAUUCAGCAGAGCCGUUUAAGAGGAUCAAUACUACAAAUCGCGAGAACGGGGAUAGGCAAGAAGACGAAGACCCUCCGAUAGCGGUGAUGACAUCGAAACGCCAGGUCAGGUUGACGGUGUUGCCAUCGAUCAACGGCACAAACACGACGACGUCCCACGGAGGCCUUCUGGAAGUCGAAAAGACGUUCAAGAGCGUCGAGCAGAGCCGCAAGGAGUACGAGAUGGAGAAGCUGACGGCCGUACCGCAAAUCCUGAAGAAAAGACCGAUCAGGCACACAACCCUGAGCACGCAACCGUCGAGUUCGGCCGUUCUAGCGGCCGUCGGGGCAGGUAUGCUUCCGGCGACAAUGGCGAUGAUGAUACCGAUGAUGCUGGGUCGUCGAAGGAGAGACCUGAGACUGAUGGAACCCACCCUGAACAACGAUCUCGAAGUGGAUCUGCAUAAGCUCACGAGGGAGUAUAACGUUCAACUAAGGAGACCGAUAGGACCGUAGAAAAUAAGGUAGCAGAAUUCGUUCGGGGAAAAAGAAAAACUCAUUAGGCUGGCGAACGACAGGAAACGCGGUGCACGACACAGUGCGAAUUAUGUUGAGACACAGGAUAAAACAUUGAGAGCCCAGAAACGGAAAUGGUUUACCCGGAAAUUGCUUUCGCGCCGACUACUCGUUUGUUCCGUAUCAUUGAAUUGAACGACCAAACGGUACAUUAUAUACGGCAUGGCAGUAUUAUUGGUACAUUUAUAUACAAUGUUCCGCGUAUUGGCAGUAUUAUUGGAACACUCAUAUCUUCUCGUAUUUUUACAGUGUCUCUCAAGUCCAUUGAAAAAUCAUUUUUAAAUUAGACAGAGUCUACAUCUCAAUCGCACGUGGGUCCGAAGUCAAGUGAUGUACUUCGCGAACUACUUUCCACGAUAUUGCAUUGUAUUAAUCAGUUAGGCUAUAGACAGCGCAUCAAUAUCGAAUGUGUCUCUGAAUAAUCAAUGUAGCCCUAUUCGUACAGGCGAGUGUAUAAGCACGAUCGAUUUAGAAUCACCUGUUGCUGUUCUGGUGGUCGCUGAGUAAAGCGCAAAGUUAAGGGUAAAAAGUUCGUCAUAAUUACGUGAAACAAAAACCACUUUCCCAGCGCUACUUCGCUAUUUUCCUCGUCGCUUUGAAUUACCGCAUUUAAAUUGUUGACACGGCGCUUGGAUUGUAUAAAAGGAAACGUAAUACGACUUUUAUCGCCAUCCGCAUGAAUAUUUAUUAUCUGUAUUUUACGCUUGACCAAACGGUCGGCGGCGAAUGUAAAUUUAUUCCGCGACGCAACAAGUGCUUUGUCUACAACAAAUUAUGCCAUAUUCGGGUUCGUUUACGACCCGACGGUAUUAAUUUCAGACGUUCGGUUUUUCUCCC